AUGUCCAUGAUGAAUAUUGCUGGAACACAGUCAGUAGACGACCCUGAGUAUCGUUACAAGAUGCCGCGACUUCAAGCAAAGAUUGAAGGACGUGGAAAUGGUAUCAAAACGCUGGUUGUUAACUGUGCGGACAUUGCAACGUCGCUUCAUCGUUCAACUGCUGAAGUGUGCAAGUUUUUUGGCUGUGAACUAGGUGCUCAGUCUAAAUAUGAUGAAAAGACCGAUCGUGCUAUUGUGAAUGGUGCCUUUGAGGCUGGUCAGAUGCAACAACAUUUGUCCAAGUACAUUGAAGGCUUUGUUUUGUGUCCUGGGUGUCGUCUUCCCGAGACCAAGUAUAAGUUUAAGGGUCAACUAAUUUUUCACAAAUGCUACGCUUGUGGUGCUGUGGAGCCUGUUGACAUGAAUCACAAGCUCACGACGUUCAUUUUCAAGGAACACACUGCUGCUAAACGUAGCAGCAAGGACGGCAAGACGAAAAAGGACAAGAAGAAAGAGAAGAAGGAGAAGAAGGUGUCACGCAAUGAGCCUGAAGAUGAGUCAGCUACGAAGGAGAAGAAGAAGGAGAAGAAGGAGAAGAAAGACAAGAAGGAGAAACAUCAGAAGGACAAGAAGAAGAAGCAUCACAAAGAAAAGAGCUCCGACAAGGGGGCAUCUGGAUCCGAUGAUGAAGAUGAAGUGGUCUGGCAUACCGAUUUGUCUGCUGAAGCAGUCGCAGCUCGAGCUGCUGAAGCUGAGUCAAUUGAAGCGGCUGCUACUGCUGCAAUGGAAGCUGUUGCAGCGGAAGAGGUGGUUGCAACGCUAGACAAUCUUCACGUUGACGAUGAAAAUGCUUUGGAUUCGACAAUCUCGAACUUGAAACGUUUUUUAUCUGAGAAUCACUCGACUUCUGAAAUUUUCGACGAAUUGUGUCGUCAGCAAACGUAUUCAGCUUUGCCAGUGACAGACCGACUUGUUAUCUUCUUCCGUUCUGCUUUUACUGAUCAAAUGCUAGUGGAUAAUCAGGCGGUCAAGUAUGCACCUGUGCUGGAGAAAAUCAUUGAUGGCCAACACUCUCAAUACCAAUUGCUUGCGCUUGUGGAGCAUUUCUGUGCUGUGAAACAUCCGAAGCUCUUGAAUUCUUAUCCGAUUUUGUUGAAAAUUCUGUAUGAUGAAGAUCUUCUGGAAGAGGAUUGUCUUGUUUCAUGGGCCACAAAUGGAGUUCGGAAAGAGUAUGCUCACUGGGAAGUUACUGAUGAACUUGCGGCGAAGUUGAAGAACUUGCUACAGCCGUUUAUCGAGUGGCUCGAAAACGCCGAAGAAGAAGAGAGCGAGGACGAAAGUGAUUGA